AUGGCGGUGGCAGCAGACGAUCGAAUGACCGAUGACACUUCAAGGACGGUUGUCCAGCGGCUCAAGAGCCUGUACAUGGACUUGCUGAGGCCCAUCGAAGUCGACAGCUUCUUCCUGUAUUUCAACAGCGAGUCGACCUUGACGGUCUCAGAGCUCGAGGCACGACCACAAGUCUUGCUGAUCGGCCAGUAUAGCACCGGCAAGACGUCGCUCAUUAAGUGGGUCACGGGCAUCGAGAGCCCCUUCUUUGACAUCCGGCCCCAGCCUAGCACGGACAAGUUCAUGGCCGUCGUACACGGAGACGAGGAGAAGGUGAUCAAUGGAGACGCCGCGACCUGCUUACCGGAUCUGCCCUACAGUGGUCUUUCCCGGUUCGGCUCCUCCUUCCUUGGAAAGUUCCAGGUUUUGGUGGAGAGCGCGGACAUCCUGAAGCAGAUUACCUUCAUCGACACCCCUGGAGUCCUGUCUGGCGACAAGCAGCGCAUCAGCCGUGGUUAUGACUUUAUGAAAGUCUGCCGGUGGCUGGCUGCGCGGUCUGAUCUAAUCCUGCUGCUGUUUGAUGCCCAUAAGCUCGACAUCUCCGAUGAGUUCAAGGAGGUUAUCGAGUCCAUCAGGAGCGAUGGCGACAAGUGCCGGUGUGUUCUAAACAAGGCGGAUGAAAUCGAUGGUGAGAACCUGGUCAAGGUGUACGGUGCUUUGAUGUGGAAUCUCGGCAAGAUUCUCCAGACCCCGGAGGUUGCGCGUAUGUACGUGGGAUCCUUCUGGGACGAGGAGUACAAGUGCAAGGAUCUGGAGCGGCUCCUGAACCAGGACCGGAAGGACCUGUUGCAAGAGUUGCGUGAUUUGCCACGGAAUGUAUGCGUUCGGCGAGUUAAUGAGAUUGUGGCACGGGCGAGAGCUGUCAAAGUCCACCUCGCCCUGUGCUGUGCCCUGCGUGCUCGUCUUCCUGCCUUUGGCUUCUGCGGUAGAAGACACCGGCAUCAGCUGUGGCUGUCGGAGCAUCUCCCCGAAGUCUAUGCCGAGGUGAUGAAGGACUAUGAGUUCGCCCCGGGCGACAUGCCGCACGUGGAGUACUUCGGUCAGCGCCUGCGUGCCUUCAAAGACUUCAGGGCCUUUCAGAGGUCCUGCAAGGCACAGCAGGAGACGCUGGACCGGCUGAUCGCCACGGAGAUCCCGCGCCUCAUGGCCAUGGUCGGAGGCAUCUCGGCCUCGGAGCUGGGCCAGAAGGUCAACGGGAAGUCCAGUGCUUUCACGUGGAACAGCUCCGUGACGAGACCGUCCUCUGGUGACAGCGGCGGCUCGGGCUGUCUCUGCCUGUGCCUGCUGCUCUUCCUUUCCCUUGCUCUCUUCCCGCUGGCGGCCGUACUUUUCGUUGGGCAAGCCGAGGCACUUGCUGCAUUGGAUCAGCUUGUGGAUCUGGCUGCGAACUUCAGCGGGAAUUGGACGGGAAACCUGACGGCGCUGCCGUGGACAAAGCAGCUCCUUCGCGACUUCACCGGAGAAGAACUCUGA